AUGAUAAGGAUAUCCUUGCUGAAAAGAGCACUGUUUCCCUACGGGCGACUACCAAUGCAUAAUGGUAGGUGGUAUUCAGACAUAGGUGGCGGAAAUUCAAGGAAUCGGAACGAACAGAAACCAAAAUUGCCUGUACCAACUAGUAAUGAAGUUAAGGACAAUGAGUCAAACCCGGACUUCUUUAUUAAAAACGGCUUUAGAUCAGCUGAUAUUGCAGAGACAUCCUUUGUGAAAGACAAGGGUGCUACAGUCGAAGAGGAACGUAAUACAUCGGACAGUUCACACGAAUCUCCUCAACUUAAUUUUAAGGAAACCAACGACGAAACGAAUUCAACGAUCCAACCACCAGUGGCAAAAUUACCCACCCCAAAGCAAUUGAAACAAUACCUGGAUAGGUUCAUCGUGGGACAAGAGAAGUGCAAGAAGAUAAUGUCGGUCGCAGUUUACACUCAUUAUGUUCGAAUAAAUAACCAGGCUCAGAAACGGAAUCAGAAGGUCGAUUCCUCUGAAGAAAAUGUUGAGAAUGGGUUUCCAAAUGUUACUAAAGAAUUUGAGGACGAAAAUGACCCAGAUUAUGUUCCGGAUUUGGAGAAAUCAAAUGUUCUUUUGCUGGGACCGUCUGGAUCAGGCAAGACCCUGAUUGCUAAGACUCUCGCUAAAUGUCUGCAGGUUCCAUUUAUAAUUCAAGAUUGUACCUCCUUGACCCAGGCUGGUUAUGUUGGCGAGGAUAUUGAGAGCUGUAUUGAAAAGUUGCUAAUUGAUUCAGACUACGAUAUUGAAAGGUGUGAAAAGGGAAUUAUUGUGCUGGAUGAAAUAGACAAGUUGGCCAAGCCCUCUGUCUAUACAGGAACCAAAGAUAUUGCAGGAGAGGGUGUUCAACAAGGCCUUUUAAAACUGGUUGAAGGUACUACAGUUACGGUUCAAUGCAAGAGGAGCAAUGCUCCUGAUCAUAAUCAGUUCGGAUUGAAUGGCAAAGCUACAAAUCAGGACAAGGAAAAUUAUAUCGUUGACACUACAAAUAUCUUAUUUUUAACCCUGGGAGCGUUUGUGAACCUAGAUAAGAUUGUUGCUUAUAGGCUGAAGCAGAACUCUAUUGGAUUCGAUACUGAUGAGUCGAAAGAUAUUUCUGAAACAGACUCAGUUUCCGACAAAUCUACAUUAGAAUAUGUUACACUUCCAGAUGGAUCAAAAGUUUCAGCUCUGGAACUUGUGUCUUCUACGGAUCUACAGAAUUAUGGGUUGAUUCCAGAACUGAUCGGCAGGCUUCCGAUUGUAUCUUCACUUUCUCCUUUAACAGUUGAUGAUCUUGUGGCUGUCCUGACUGAGCCCAGGAACUCGAUACUAAAGCAAUAUGUGCAUUUCUUUGACACUGUCAAUGUCAAACUUGCUAUCACUUCCAAGGCAAUCAGAAGGAUAGCCGAGAUCUCGAUCAAGAAUGGUACAGGUGCAAGAGGUCUCAGAGCCAUUUUGGAGAAACUGCUACUCAAUGCCAAGUAUGAUUGCCCUGGUAGUAGUAUUUCAUUUGUGUUAGUUGAUACAGAUGUUAUAAGUAAGUCUAUCGAUGAGAAUAAGGAAACGGGGGAAUUCGUCUUCAAAGAUGGUGAGCCAAAGUAUUACUCGCGUGGAGAAUUAUUUUCCUUUUUCAAUGAGUUAUCAAAAGAAGACGAAAAACUCAAGACAUCAAUUGAAAAGAUGUGCCAAAUACCACUUUCCAAGAAUCGCAUAGUUUACUCCGAAGAGGAGCAGGCAAGGUUGGAUUCUUCUAAACCUCUCGCCGUGAAGCACUAUGAACCUUUCAUUUGA